AUGGAAAAAAGGAAAUAUCCAAGAUUAGCUCAUUUUCUUGUUAUUUUGUCUUUACUGUUUGUAGAGACAUUGUUUGGAUUAACUUCAAGAGAAGUUAACAAGACUCUGUGUAUAGAAAAGGAGAGAGGUGCCCUUCUUGAGUUCAAAAGAGGCCUUAUUGAUGGUUUUGAUCAUUUAUCUACAUGGGGUGAUGAAGAAAAUAAACAAGAAUGCUGCAAAUGGAAGGGUAUUGAAUGUGACACAAAAACAGGUCAUGUAACUGUUCUUGAUCUACACAAUGAGUUUCUUUGUUCUACCAGUGGUUGUGUUACAUCAAGAUUGACAGGUAAACUUAGCCCUUCUCUACUUGAGUUGGAAUAUUUGAAUUUCUUGGACCUCAGCAUGAAUGACUUUGAAAAUAGUGAAAUACCAAGAUUCAUAGGCUCUUUUAUGAGACUAGAGUACUUGAACCUCUCAGAUUGUUCUUUUUCUGGAGUAAUUUCGAUAUGGUUCCAGAAUCUAACUUCUUUAAAAACUCUUGAUCUUGGAGACAAUAAUCUUAUAGUAAAGGACCUUAGAUGGCUUUCUCAUCUGUCUUCUCUAGAGUUUUUGAGUCUGAGUGCUAGCAACUUCCAAGUAAACAAUUGGUUUCAAGAGAUAACUAAGGUCCCUUCAUUGAAGGAAUUGAACUUGAGUGGUUGUGGACUCUCUAAGUUGGUUCCAUCUCCAGCUGAUUUAGCCAAUUCAUCUUUGAUAUCUCUUUCUGUCAUUCAUUUAAGAGGUAAUGAUUUUUCCACUUCAUGUGAAUAUAGCUGGUUAUUCAAUAUUAGCACAAGCAUAACUAGCAUAGACCUCUCUUAUAAUGUUCAACUGACCGGUCAAAUGGAUGAUCGCUUUGGAAGUUUGGUGUAUCUUGAACAUCUUAAUCUUGCUGGUAAUCUUAAUAUUAAAGGUGGGGUUCCCAGUUCUUUUGGGAAUUUGACACAUUUACUUUAUCUGGACAUCUCUUACACUAAAACAUACCAAUGGCUUCCUGAGUUGUUUCACAGGUUAGCAGGCAGUAGGAAAUCACUAGAGGUUUUGGCGUCGAAUGACAACUCAAUGUUUGGUUCAAUUGUUAAUCUCACAACAUUUUCAUCCUUGAAGAAAUUAUACCUGCAGAAUAAUGUGUUGAAUGGUUUUUCCAUGGAAAGUGCGGGACAAGUUUCUACCCUCGAGUAUCUGGAUUUGUCUGAUAACCAAAUGAGAGGGGCAUUACCAGAUUUAGCAUUGUUUCCAUCAUUGAGAGAGUUGCAUCUUGGCUCUAAUCAAUUUCAAGGGAAGAUACCACAAGGUAUUGGAAAACUCACAGAGCUUAAAAUUUUGGACGUCUCGUCCAAUAGACUGGAUGGAUUACCAGAAAGUAUGGGGAAACUAUCGAACCUGGAAAGUUUCGAUGCCUCCUAUAAUGUCCUGAAGGGUACAAUCACUGAGACCCACCUUUCAAACCUCUCCAGUUUAGUGUAUUUGGACUUGUCAUUCAACUCAUUGGCACUGAAGACAAGCUUUGAUUGGCUUCCACCUUUUCAGCUACAAGUUGCGCGCUUCCAAGUUGGUUCUUUUGGUUUGCCCCCUGAUCUAAUGAUCUUGAAUCUCUCAAACAACCAAAUCAGUGGAAGAGUUUCUGACUUAAUAGAGAAUAAAUAUGCUUACAGGGUUAUAGAUUUAAGCUCUAACAACUUUUCAGGGCCUUUACCACUAGUCCCUACCAAUGUCCAAAUAUUUUAUCUGCAUAAAAAUCAGUUUGUCGGAUCCAUCUCUUUCAUUUGUCAAAGUUAUACUGCCACCACUUCUCUUGACUUGUCACGCAACCGAUUCUCAGGAGAACUUCCAGAUUGUUGGAUGAAUAUGUCUAAUCUAGCUGUUCUUAAUCUAGCUUAUAACAAUUUUUCUGGAAAAGUUCCACCUUCAUUAGGCUCCUUGGCAAGUUUGGAGGCUGUAUACUUACACCAAAACAGUUUUAGUGGAAUGUUGCCUUCUUUUUCACAAUGUCAGCGGUUGCAAAUCUUGGAUAUUGGAGGGAAUAAGUUGACAGGAAGAAUCCCAGCAUGGAUACGGACUGAUCUAUUCAAUUUGCGGAUUCUAAGCCUGCGGUUCAACAAAUUCUAUGGCAGCAUACCAUCAGUUAUCUGUCAGCUUCAAUCUCUUCAGAUACUGGACCUUUCGGCAAAUGGAUUAUCAGGGGAAAUUCCACAUUGCUUCAACAAUUUUACCUUAUUGUAUCAGGAUGAUAGUUCUGGUGAACCAAUGGGAUUUUAUAUUGAAGGUCGUAAUAUUCCUCUUACUUACUAUUCAUACAUUGGUGACUUAUUGAUUCAAUGGAAAGAACAGGAGUCUGAGUACAAGAAUCCUUUAUUAUAUCUGAAGACUAUUGAUCUUUCAAGUAAUAAAUUGGUUGGCGGUCUUGCUAAUUUGACCUUUCUUAGUGUGCUGGACUUGUCGAACAACCAGUUAUCGGGGAUAAUUCCAUCAAGCACUCAACUUCUAAGUUUUGAUAGACCAUCCUACAGUGAUAAUGCUCAACUCUGUGGUCCUCCUCUUCAAGAAUGUCCCGGAUAUGCUCCUCCUAGACCCCAUAUCGAUCAUGGCAGCAACACAAAUCCACAAGAACAUGAUGAUGAUGAGGGGUACUCAUAUCUGGAGUUUCAUAUAUCAAUGGUGAUAGGUUUCUUUGUCACAUUUUGGGGAAUCUUGGGCUGUUUAAUUGUCAACCGUUCUUGGAGGAAUGCCUACUUCACAUUCUUAACGGACAUGAUGAGUUGGAGUUGGCUCGAUAUGAUAUCAAGAGUCUGGUUUGCAAGACUCAUGAAAAAUCUUACAAGGGCCUGA